AUGGCUUUGCGUCUGUUAGCGCGUAGACCGCUGGGGCUGCGGCUGCUGCUGCCUCAUAACAGACUCCCCUCAUUUUGUGCUGCUGCUACAACUGCAGCAGCACCCGCAACUUGGCUUCAGUCCCGCAGCAACAGCAGCAGCAGCAGCAACAGCAGCAGCAACAACAACAGCAGCAGCAGCAACCAGAGACCUGUAGCACGAGGGGUUGAGGAGGAGCUGCUGCUGCAGCUGCAGCGGCCAAAACGACUAACAGUAGAAGAGCUGCUGCAAAGUGUGCAGCGGCUGCUGCAGCGGAAGCACACUUCCUUUGCCCACCCCAGCAGCAGCAGCAGCAGCAGCAGCAGCAGCAGCAACACGAGCAUUCUGCCGGAUGAGUUCGUGGCGUUCCUUUCUGCUGCUGCUGCUGCUGCAGCAGAGCAGCAGCAGCACCAUGUGCUGCUGAAUGACAGCAGAUUCCAGCAGCUGCUGCAGCAACUGCGCAGCAGAUUGAUUGGCUUCACUGCCCCCCAGCUGUACAGAUUGCUGCUCUCUCUAGCUCGUUUGCAGCACUGUCCUCCUGAUGUCUUGUCUCGCCUCCUCUACAUUCUCGGUGGAGGGCAGCCACGGGAGGGGCCCCCGUCUGCUGCUGCUGCUGCUGCUGCAGGGCCUCUGCUGCAGCUAACGCCGAAGCAGCUGGCGCAGGUGCCGCUUCUGCUGGCUGCAGCAACAGGUAACUGCAGCCCCACACUCUCCGGCAGCAGCAACCAGCAACAGCAGCAGCAGCAGAAGCUGCUGCAGCAGCAACUACCCAAGGCUGAGCUCCAGGCCUUCCUUCAGGUGUAUGCGCAGCACGUUUGCCGCAUGCUGCUGCAGCAGCAGAAGGCAGUAGGGGGUUCAGAAGAUGCAGCAGCAGCAGAAGCAGCAGAAGCAGCAACAGCAGCAGACACUGCAGCAGCAGACACAGACACAGACGCAGCAGCAGCAACGCACUUUACAGCUGAGGACCUCAGCUUUCUGCUAAUCGGCUUCUCCUCUCUGCAAGUGCGUCAUCUCCGUCUUGUUAAUCUUGCUGCUGAUGCUCUGCGGCUGCAACUCGCGCUGCAGUUUGGGGGCCCCACAGCCCCGCAGCAGCAGCAGCAGCAGCAGCAGCAGCAGCAAGGGGAGGAGAUGCUGCAGCAGCAGCUGAUGCUGCUGCCUCUGUCUUCGGUGCUGCUAGCCUUAGCUACACUCGGUGCAACUAACGGCUCCGCCUUCGUGGAGGUGUCUUACCACUUAGCGCGUGUUGCUCCCUUGUUGUCUGUGUCUCGUCUUGCUGACUGUCUCCUUUCGCUCGCUGCCCUGCAAAACAACCCAAGCGCAGGGCCUUCGCUGAGUCUCCUCAGUGAGGCUGAGAGGCAGCUGAGUGAAAGGGCGUGGAGCUGCUGCUUCUCUGAUGCGCUGACUGCUGCUUGGGCAGCAGUUGCGCUGCAGCUGCACAGAGGAUCUCAUCGGUUGAUGCUGCUGCUGCUGCAGCAAUUGCAGCAGCAGCAGCAGCAAGGCGCCCUUACGACGGAAGACAUGUGGGGCGAGGUGCCGCUGCGGCUGCAGCAAAUAUCGCUUGAGCUGUGUCUCGAUAAGCAGGCAAAGCCCCUGCGUGAGCUGCUGCAGCGUGAGGGCCUUAACGAGUUUACCUCCUUCCCUACCUCUCCUUGUGGGGAGGCAGCAGAAGCGCAGCGAGAUGAGAAGGAGACACUUCUUGAACAGGAGAUUGAGGAGUUCCUGAAGCAGGAGGACUUCAGACAAAGGCUGCUUCUAACCGUGGACGCUCGCCUGCAGCAGCAGCAGCAACAGCAGCAGCAACAACAGCAGCAGCAACAGGAGGAGCAGCAGCAGCAGCAGCAGGAGGCAGAGUUGCUGAUAGCUGACGAAGGAAGUGUUGAGCGUGUUGGGGUGUCUGUACAGUUCAAGGGGCUCCCCUGUCUCCGCACCUACCGUGUUGCUUCUUUGUUUGUAUGGCCUUCUGCUGCUGCUGCUGCUGCACAAGCAACAGCAACAGCAGCAGCAGCAGCAGCAGCGCAAACAGGAGCAGCAGCGUCAGAAGGAGCCUUCGUAUCUGCAGCAGAGGUGCUGGAGGCGGAGCAGCAAAAAGGAGACAGCAGCAGACGCACUCUUGCUGUUGUAGCUGAUGUCUGCUCCUUCCCUGACUUUGAGGGGCCCUCUGAGGUGUAUAUGCAGCUCAAAUACAGACAUAUACUCAGUGCAGGACAUGCAUUGAUAACUGUGAGGGAGGAGGAGUGGAGGGAAGCCAGCGACGCUGAGGAGCGGCUGAAGCUGCUGCUAAAUUCUCUGCUGCUGCCUCUACUUGUUUGA